CUGGCAUAAAUAAAUAUAAAAAGACUUAGGUACAUUUUAGGAAAAAAAAACAUUUAAGUUACUUCCAUCCUGUUUGCAAAACUAAAUACAAAGAUGAUUUUAUGAAGGCAGACCUCAACCGAUGUCUCUCAGCAACUUGACAUUCAGUUUUGCCCUGGCUGAUGUCACCCAGUAGCUUUAUAAAAAGGCCUGAAAGGUUCUUCCAAGUGCCCCCCACAGGAGGGGCUGCCUGUGACAUCACACAGCGGCCGGUGCUGGGGCCCACCCGCCCACCGCACCAGCGCCAACCACCGGCGCCAGGGCAGCCACCAUGGUGCGUGGGCACACCACCUGCCACCACGCAUGAUGCCCGCCAGCACCACCCCAUGCAGCUCCCCCCAGCUCUCCCACCAUGGAUGAUGUUGCGGUGCUUGGAAAGAAAGGCUACACCCUGAAGAAGGAGGUGGGAGAAGGCUCCUACGGCAAAGUGAAAUGCGCCUACUGCGACCGGCUGAAAUGCGAGGUGGCCAUCAAGAUAAUAGACAAGAAGAAAACUCCGCGGGAUUUCCUAGAAAGGUUUCUCCCCAGGGAAAUAGAAGCUCUGAAACGUUUGCGCCACCCCUCGAUCAUCAAAACCUAUGAGAUUUUUGAGACAUCAUCUGGGAAAGUGUACAUCGUGAUGGAGCUGGGGAAAAAGGGAGACCUCCUGGAUCACAUCAAGCUCGAGGGGGCUAUGAAAGAGGACAUCGCUCGCAUCAAGUUUCAGCAGUUGGCUUCUGCCAUCAAGCACUGCCAUGACUUGGACUUUGCUCACAGGGACCUGAAAUGUGAGAACAUCCUUCUCGAUGAACACCUCAACAUCAAGCUGUCGGACUUUGGCUUUUCCAAGUACUUGUCUCGGGAUGAAAAUGGAAAACCCAUCCUCAGCAAAACCUUCUGUGGGUCUGCUGCGUAUGCAGCCCCCGAGGUGCUACAGGGCAUUCCUUGUGACCCUCGGAUUUCUGAUAUAUGGAGCCUGGGCGUCAUCCUGUAUACAAUGGUCUAUGCUUUAAUGCCAUUUGAUGAUUCCAACGUCAAGAAAAUGAUCUGUGUUCAGAAACAACGCAGGAUUCCCUUCCCCAGCUCACAACACCUGACCGUAGAGUGCAAGGACCUUAUUUACCAACUGCUCCAGCCCGACGUGUCUCUGAGGAUGCACAUUGAUCAAGUUUUGAAACACUCAUGGCUGCAGAAUCCAAAACCCAAAACCUUGUCCCCUGUGUCAACUGCAAAAGAGGGUGAGUGUUCCCAAAAGCCACAAGAAGGAAAGCCUGAACACAAGCAGUCACCCAAAUCCCAUUUUGCAAAAGGAAAAGGAGAGAAGGAAACAGAUCCUCUCAAGGAUGGUUGGUUUUAG